AUGAUGGGGUGGUGUUGCUCAGGCAUAUGCAGAACCCUGGCUUUCCUGGCGCUCCUGUUUCCCCCGUGGGAGAGGGGCUGCUGGGGGCUGAAUCCCAGCUCUGGGGAUCUGGAGAAGUCCCCUCACUCUGAGCCAGACCCCUGGGAGGUCCUGCACAGACACAAACGCAGCUGGGUAUGGAACCAGUUCUUCGUAUUGGAGGAGUACACGGGGAACGAACCGCUCUACGUUGGCAAGCUACACUCAGACGUGGACAAAGGAGAUGGCAAGGUGAAGUACGUGUUAUCUGGCGAGGGCGCCACCUCCAUCUUCACCAUUGAUGAGAACACAGGAGACAUCCACGCCACGAAGCGCCUUGAUCGAGAGGCGCAGGCUUACUACACCCUUCAAGCUCAAGCCGUAGACCGACUGACCAAUUUACCCGUCGAGCCCAGGUCUGAGUUUGUGGUCAAGGUCCAGGACAUCAACGAUAAUGAACCCAAGUUUCUAGAUGGACCGUACCUGGCAGGGGUACCGGAGAUGUCGCCCUUAGGAACCAUGGUAGUGCAAGUGGCAGCCACAGAUGCAGAUGACCCAACAUAUGGGAACAGCGCCAGGGUGGUCUACAGCAUCAUCCACGGACAGCCGUACUUCUCGGUGGAGCCAAAAACAGGCGUCAUCAGAACAGCUCUGCCCAACAUGGACCGGGAGACGAGGGACCAGUACGUGCUGGUCAUCCAGGCCAAAGACAUGGUGGGCCAGAUGGGCGGCCUCUCCGGCACCACCUCCGUCACCGUCACGCUCACCGACGUCAACGACAACCCGCCACGGUUCACUCACAAGAGCUAUCAGUACACGGUGCUGGAGUCGCUGCCAGUGCAAUCUGUGGUGGCCAGAAUCAAAGCGGCCGACGCUGAUAUAGGCUCCAACGCCGAGAUGGACUACAGGAUCAUGGACGGCGACGGGCCCGGCAUGUUCAACAUAACUACGGAUGAGAACACACAGGAGGGGGUCAUCAUCCUGUUAAAGCCUUUAGAUUUUGAAACAAAGAGCAGCUUUUCUCUGAGAAUCGAAGCCACAAACAGGAAUAUCGACUCCAACUUCUUGAGCUUGGGCCCGUUCAGCGACACGACAUCAGUCAAGGUGACAGUGGAAGACGUGAACGAGCCGCCGGUCUUUUCCGCGUCACUUAGCAAGAUGUCUGUCUCGGAGGAUGCCAAAGUGGGCACAUCCAUCGGGAGAGUCUCUGCCCACGACCCAGACACCUCCAACAGUGGAAUCAGAUAUUCCAUUGACAGGAACACGGACUUGGAGCGCUUCUUUAAUGUGGAUGCUCUGAGUGGGGUCAUCAGCACAGCCAAGCCUCUGGACCGGGAAGCCAACUCAGUCCACAACCUCACCAUCUUUGCCAUCGAGAGCAAGGAUCCGAUGGAAAUUGGCAAAGGCAUCGCUCUCAUCACAGUGCAGGACAUAAACGAUAACGCGCCCGUGUUUGCCAUAGACUAUGAAACUCUCCUCUGCGAAAAUGCCAUGCCAGGACAGGUGAUCCAGACCAUCAGCGCCGUGGAUAAAGACGAACCUCCGAACGGCCACGGCUUCUAUUUCGCCCUGGCUGCACCUGUUGCCGGAAACCUCAACUUCACUCUGCGAGAUAAUAAAGGUGCUUUCUAUACAUCACAGGAUGACUUUAACCUUAACACGCAAGAUGAAAACUGCUUUUAUACCACGGCGUCCAUAUUGACAAAGCGAGGCGGCUUCAGGAGGCGGGAGCAGCCCGUGUACCGACUGCCCGUGUUGAUUGUGGACAGCGGGAGUCCUGCCCUCAGCAGCACCAACACGCUCUCGGUGCGCGUUUGCGACUGUGACUCUGACGGCGUGGCCUUGUCUUGUGGAGCUGUGGCCUACACAUCGACGGGCCUGAGCACCGGCGCCCUCCUGGCUAUUUUGGGCUGCAUCAUCACACUUCUGGUGAUGGUUCUGCUGAUUGUGACCAUGCGGCGGAGGAGGAAGGAGCCUCUGAUCCUGGAGGAGGAGAGGGACAUCAGGGAGAACAUCGUCCGCUAUGACGACGAGGGAGGCGGCGAGGAGGACACGGAGGCCUUCGACAUGGUCACCCUGCGCAACCUCAACGUCAUCAGAGACCCCAACGUGCGGCGAGAUGUCACUCCGGACACUCCUACCUUCUUUCAUUACCCCACAGCCUCCCGCCCGUCCUAUAAAUCCCUGCCAGACAACGUGGUGUUUCGAGAGUUUAUUUGGGAGCGACUGAAGGAUGCUGAUGUGGACCCAUCAGCUCCCCCGUAUGACUCCCUGCAGACGUACGCUUUUGAAGGCAGCGGCUCUGUAGCCGAGUCGCUAAGCUCGCUGGAGUCACUAAGUACAGACUCAGAUCAGAACUAUGACUAUCUCAGCAACUGGGGACCUCGCUUCAAAAAGCUGGCCGACCUGUACGGCAACAGCGACGGCACCGGCGUCUUCUCAUAG